AUGAGAUGUGCAAAGGAUGAAGGAGGAGAAAAAUUAUUCAAGGCAGCCGAGUGGCUCAACAAAGAGCAGAUCAAAGGUUUUUUCUCGAGGCUGGCUAAAAAGCGACGCAAAGGUGUGAUAAGCACAGAUAUUGAGGAAGAAAUUGGGGUCGAUAACUAUGAAAGCGAUACUGACGAUGCAGAAGAAAAUGAAAAACGAGCGUAUUUGCUGAAUUUGAUCAGUAAUGAAUCGAACGUGGCCCACCCGAUCUACUACGAUGCGUACGCCUUGUGUGAAUUGCACAAACAAGACAAACUUUCGGGAUUUAAGGUUCCGAUGCUAAAGGAAAUUUGCUCACAUUUUGAGCUCGGAUUCAAGUCGAAAGACAAAAAGCAAGAUCUAAUCAAUACUAUCUCAAACAUGUUGGAUAAAUGCCCAUGUUGUAGCCUGCCACUAUGUACAUAAAACCACAAGAAUUAUCACAAGACUGCAGCCGAUUUAAUAUUGGUAGAGAUGUUUAUUUUCUGGCAAAAACAUCAGUGAAGAGUUUUACGCACAUUAAGGUCCAAACAAACAGGACGCGAUUCGACAAGGCGACGCGAUUUUUCGAUUUUCACAGACCGAUAACUUUGGUUCUAGUUUAAUUUUAAAUUUUCCAAAUAUUUAGAAACGGUAUAACAUUUUGAGUUAUUUCCUCUACAUAUCUUUCGAAAUUUGCUCUCAUUGGCUGUUUUAUUAACUUUCAAAAACUAAAAAAUCGCAUCGCGUUGUGGAAUCGCGUCCGGUGUGUUUAGUUAUUAAAUAUUAAGUUUUAUUAAAUUUUAAUAACGUCUGUUUGUUGCCGCAAUCAGGCAAGAGCUAUUAACUUCAACUCAAAUUCAAGUUUACUGGAUUAAACGAGCCUAGAAGAAGCAGGAUCACUUCUAACACAAAAGAACAACAUUGAUUGUUCGUUUUUGACUAUAAAUUACAAGUUUGUAAGCUACAAUGUGACUUGUAACUGCCUUGCUGUAAACAUCAAAGGGACUUCCGCACAUGAACAGGUAAACAAACCAACUAAAAAUAGCUCGUAUCAUAGCGUUUUGUUCUCAUUCAAUUUUCUUUUGCCGGCAAGUUUUAUUGUCGAUCAUUUAACUUCAAAGAGUGCUUUUUCACUCUAAAUGUAUUUCAAAGUCCAGGUAGGUGCCACUUUCGAAAAAUUUUUGAUUAUAUUUACGAACUAUGUGGCGAAGGAUUAAACGACAAAUUACUACGUUCGCUAAAGAAGAAGAAAUAUACUUAAAAUUAUUGUUGACUCUUACAUUGAUACGAGGUUUUCAAUAGAGAAUAGUUCUGGUUUAUAUAUCUGAAGAAAUUGUUGAAUUUGAUGCAAAACUUCCCGAGAUAUGACGAGAGAUUUAUCUGGGAUUUAUGGGCGGCGCUUCGUUUCGAAUCCCGCUCACGCCGGCAUGGAUGUUAUAAUAAGCUAAAACUCGAAAAUAAAAUAGAAUUUAAAAAUUCUAAAACCGGAAAAAAUGUUGCGAAGGAAAACACAACACGUGGGCAAAAUAGAAGCGAAAAUCAUUUUUUUGCUUGAAAGCCACUGGUCGGUUCUUAGAGAGACAGCCUCUUAAACGGCGUUUAGCCGCUAUCCAACGUAUAAAUUCCCUUUUCGACGGUUAGUUAUAUAACAGCAUGAUAAAAUUGCCGUUGCACAAAGCCCGUUUAGGAUAACCUUUAAUUUAACUGGAGAAAACCGAAUUUUCCUGAAGGCCUUUGUCUCGCAUUUUUUCAAACUUUUGCAUGCAUGAAGCUUCAAUUUGUUUAAAGGAGCAGUGUCACAUUGUGCGCACCCCUGCUGCGCAUAACAAUAACGGGUUCGGAAACUGUCGGAAAUUGCUCGGACGACAUAAUCCGCCAUUGUUUCGAAGCUGUAUAAUGAACUCUGAGGUAAGUCAAAAUAUGCAUAUUUUACAUAUUUUUUGUAAAGCAAUACGAAUCUAAUUGAACAGUGAUAUAUCCGUUUACAUAGGGAAAUCGUUGUGAUUGUAAGAGUUCUUGAAGCACUAAAAGAAAGCCUAAUGGAACCCGAGGUUGUCCGUGUAAAGGUAGAAAUGUAGUGUGUUCGGCAGAAUGUCAUUGUGGCACGCGUGCAAAACCUUGCCAAAAUAAGGUAAAGCAAUCUAAACUUUUAUAUGUUCACAACUUUGUUUAUAUUCCAGGAAUUAUAAUAACUAAUUUGUCUGAUUUUGGUAUAGGGAACGGCUGAUCAAAGACACGAAACGCAAAACAGCAGGAAAUCCAAGACAAGGUUUUCGCCUUACUCACGCAACUACAGAGUCGGAGGACAUGCAAAGGGCAAAAGAACACGAAAAUGUGAAGGUAUGUACUUCACCUUAAAAUAAUAUUUAAUUAUAUAAAAAUAACAAUUGAUGAUUUCAUAUUAUUAUUACACAUAUAAUAGCAUAACCUAUACAGUAUACAAUGUCUUGGCAGGGUUUUGCAUUGAUAACAAUCUUGUUCUACUGUAUUUAUUUUAGAAAUUGAUAUCUACACUAGAUGCAAAUAUGGUGAAAAAGCUAGCUAUUCGUAGUUUACGCAGAGGUAUUGGCAGUAUGGACUACAUCGACACACUACUGAUAAUGGAGGAUGACCUUGAUGAAGAUGAUCAGGAUGCAGAAAGGUUAGGUGCAUUUGGUGAAUCAUCCAAUGACAAUCCAUUGAACUCUGCUAUAGACCCUUCUCAGAGUCAGAGCCCUUCUCAAUCACAAGACCCAAAUCCAACACCCGAACCCACACUUGAAUCAGUGCCAGAUUGGUGCACAUGUGGCAAAUGCAGACCAAUGCCACAAGAGGUUGAAAAUAAAUGUUGUAGGCAAAAGAAAUGCAUAACCUUAACUUCUCGUUUUGCAAAAUUAUGCCUUGAUCCAGAUGUGCUGGAGCUUUGUAUCCGCAAUAGGAGUGACAUCCGUAACGAUAGAGAGGACAACAGCACAAGAGCAUUUCGCAAAGCUGGUUAUAGACAGUUUAUUCUAGCACGCCAUGGCUUUCUAGGCAAAGGGAAUAGACGAAUUUGUCCAUCCUGUGUGGUUUUAAAAAUUAGAGAACAGUACCCAUCAGUUACUGGUGUUUACAUGGGAUAUAGAGACCAUUAAUUUUUUAAUACAGCAAGAACCCACAUAUGAGAGUUCAACCUAGAUUUUAAGAACCUGUUAUGUUAAAUUUGCUUAUUUCGACCCUCUUUAUAUAAGAACCUGUUUAGGCUAAAGUUUCAAACAGAUGCUUAUUUUAUUUUUAUCACUAGCUCAUAAGAGUAAAAAUUUAUAAAUCAAAGAAAAUAAACUCUUCAUACAGUAAUGAAAAUGAGUCAGAGUCCUGGAUAUGUCAUAACAAUAAACAGCAUGUCUGUUUGAACACACCAACAAAAAAUAACUGUACCUACACCAACCAAAAUUGAGGUGCUUUUUCUUUAUAAAAUAAGAACCUGUUUACUUUACCCUUAUUUCAUGAUAAGCACCAUUUAUAUAAUAACCUGUUCAGGCUAACUUGAAAAAUACAAAUUCUUAUAUGCAGGGUCUUGUAAGUUAAAUGUAAAUAUAGUAAAAACAUUUGGGUAAUAUAUAUGGUUCACUGGCUAAUUAUGUUGUUGUAGUUUCAUUUUGAUGAUUUGUCGUCACUUGCAAAUCUGCUCUUUCUUUGGACAAUUUCCUUUGUUGCAGGAGGAGGAAUGUGGGCUAUGGUUGGGGAGAUAAGGACAGGGUUGCUAUCAUUUAAAGAAAUGUGUCUUGUCACACCGUCUGCAUCACAUAUUCUUCUGUUUAACAUUCUGGAUAUGAGUACUGGAACAUACUCAUAA